UAGUUCUUCAAUCGUCAUUCCGCGUCCGACAUAUUUCACGUGCCGACUGAGCCGAGAUACCUAUUUUCUGGCUGCCAGAUUGUUCUUGACGUGCAUUGCAUCCUGAUCAGGUCGAGAAUCUUCGAGCAUUGUAGAUAAGAGUUCUUACCAAUGUCGGUCGCAGUCUCGUAGCACUAGCUUCUCCGAUGUUACAGGGCUCAUGAAAUUGAGCACCAAUGGCGGUCGCAGUCUCGUAACGUUAGCUUCACCAAGCAGGCUUCCGCCAAGGACCCUGUUUUAGAAUCAUGUCUUGGUAACUUCGCGCGGUUUUUGAGGCGCCUCAAAAUUCGCGCGGUUAGAAUUCCUCAUUUUUAGCGUGUUGACAGGCUCUUUCAAGCCAGCACAAUCCUCGUUUCCUUGUACAUAUUCCCUUACGCCAUUUGUUAUUUAUUUUUUUCGGACGUCUCGGAUUCGCGAACUAACGCAUCGUACUAUAACGCGGCCAUGAGCGCGGGACCGUCCGCUGCUCCUCCAGCAACAGUUACCAAUUCCAACGCAUCCAGCCACAAAAUGUCAGCGAUGGGAUUCGAACAGCGUCUCAGGCUGAUGUGUGCGCGCGCACGGCAGAUUGACGACGAGGCGGGGACGGGCCUGUCUGAGAGCGAAAGGCAGCACUGCCUGGAGGAGCAGAGGGAGGAGAUCGAAGCCCUCCAGUCCAUUUUCGAUACCGACUUUGAAGCCAUCUGGCUAGCAUCGUCCGCCACCUCCUCCCCGCCCUCCCCCACUUCCACUUUCGCCGCCUCUGCUUCCCAAGGUGCCUCCUCCUCCUCCUCCUCCCAUGACUCCCCUCCGUCACCAACAGCGAGUUUCACAACCGCGCCUUACAACAGUUUCCUGAUUGACAUUCGCAUUGCCAUGCCCUCGCCCCUUUUGGUCGUCUCCUCCCCUCCCACUGCCACCUCCUCCCUCUCUUCCACCCCUUCCUCCUCCUCCUCCACCACCACCACCACCUCCUCCUCCUCCUCCUCCUCCUCCUCCUCCUCCUCCUCCUCCUCCUCCUCCUCCUCCUCCUCCUCCUCCUCCUCCUCCUCCUCCUCCUCCUCCUCCUCCCCCCAACCCUCCACCUCCACCACAUCCGCCUCUCGCCAGCCCCCCUCCCUCCUCCUUUCCUCAUCUCCCACCUCCCCCUCUCCGCCUCCUCUGUCUCCUCCCCCACUCCUACCCCUCCGCCUCCCCUCCCCUCUUCGCUCUUCUCUCGUCCUGGCUCUCCCACGCCCAGCUGGCACGCCUCUGCGCCCAGCUGGACGCCACGUGGCAGCAGCAGAGUGGCCUGGUCGUGGUGUACACGUGGGCAGCAUGGCUGGGGGAGGAGGCUCUUGUGUGCCUUGGGAUUGGUCAGGAGCUGCGACUGCUGGGUGGAGGGGGGUGGGGGGAAGUGGGGGGGAAGGGGACAGAAAGGGAGGAGAGCGGCAGAAGAAGAAGAGUAAGGACGAGGCGACAUGCCCAUGCCAGGACGCACCAGCUGCCUACUGCAGGGCAGUGCCCGAGGGCAUGUCUCUGCACGACGACCUGGCGCUGCUGAGGCGGUGGAGCAAGGAGAUGGACGACCGCCACUUCCGCGCCUCACUGCACGCCUGCGCCAUCUGCUUCUCGCAGAAGCCUGGGUUGGAGUGCGUGCGCCCGGCCUGCAACCACGCGUUUUGCACCGCUUGCAUGAGCGCGUUUGCUGAGGCGCUAGUGGGGGAGGGGAACCUCCAGGCGCUCAAGUGCCCUGACACCAAGUGCCGAGCACCUCUGUCCUAUGACCUGCUGCGUUCGCUGCUCCCACAUGAACUCUUCACUCGCUGGGAGCAGCUGACCCUGCAGCGCUCCCUGGACGCCAUGCCCGACGUGGUCUUCUGCCCGCGCUGCAGCCAGCCAUGUGUGGAGGACCCCUCCGACCACCACGCGCUGUGCCCCGGGUGCUUCUUCUCCUUCUGCGGCAUGUGCCGUGAGGGAUUCCACCGAGGAAAGACCUGUGUGACUCCGGAGCUGGCCCUUAAACUCAUGAAGCUGCGGCAGCAGGAGCGAACACUGGCGGAAGAAGAGCUCAGGAAGCAGAAGGAUCUCGAGCAACAAGUACUCAGUCUUAAGCUGGUGGAGGAGGAGAGUGUGCCGUGCCCCGUGUGCAGCACGUCCAUCAGCAAGAGCGAGGGGUGCAACAAGAUGAUCUGCCCCACCUGCGGCACCUACUUCUGCUACCGCUGCCACGAGCGCAUCUCUGGUUACGACCACUUCACCAACGGCACGUGUGUGCUGUUUGAGGCUGCGGAGAUCGAUCAGUGGGAGAUGCAGAUGGCAGCCAUGGGUGCGGCAAACAACCAGCACCAUCGACCCCCGCCUCCUCUUGGGGCGGAUGGCAGACCAUUGCCUGCAAGACGCUGUCCAAAUUGCCGCCAAUUCAACCAUAAGGAGGCGCGAAAUAAUGACAUGCAUUGUUGGAGUUGCCGCACACGCUUCUGCGGCAUGUGUAACCAGGUCAUGAGAAAUGUGUAUCAUUUUCGACCAAAUGGAUGUCGCCAACACACGGAUGAUUAGCCAACCAUGGGGUUUAACUUUUAGGUCAGCAUGCUGACUAUUCUGGGAUAGAAGAGAUGCAAGUGGAUUUUUGCAUGUAUAUUAUGGAUGUAUGCUCCCUCAUUGUUUACUGGCUUUUCUCGUCAUAUU